GUCAAGGAAAAGCAAGAGAAGAAAUCUGCCAUGAACUCCCUAAAUUCAACACACUUUGUUCCUUCUAUUGUACAUCCUCCAUUCUUUUUCAUCAAUGGCUUUUAUAAUGUACCUCAUGUCAAAUACUACUAUAUUUUCUUGUGCUUUGUGUUUGUGGUCACUGUGUUAGGGAACUCCUUUGUCAUGUUUAUUAUAUGCAUAGAGCGCAGUUUUCACACCCCAAAGUAUAUCACUCUCUUUAAUUUAGCUGUAGCUGACUUGUGUGAAAGCACUGCUCUCAUUCCUAACUUAAUUGCAACAUUUCUUUUUGACUCCCAGUACAUCUCCUUUGAUGCUUGCUUAGCCAAUAUGUUUUUUGUGUUUUUCUUCAGCAGUAUGCAGUCUCUCAUUCUUACUGUUAUGGCCUAUGACAGAUUUGUUGCCAUAUGCUUACCACUGAGAUACCACACCAUUGUCACUAAUACAACAAUGGCUGUGAUGUUAAUAAUUAUAUGGACAUAUGUGUUGGUCAUUAUUCUUUCAACUGUUGCUUUGAUAACCAGACUGUCCUUCUGUAGAUCCAUCGUGGUAGAUAGCUAUUUCUGUGAUCAUGGGCCCAUAUAUAGAUUAGCUUGCAAUGACAAUUUGACCAAUCAAGUUAUGGCAAAUGUGAAUAUAGCAUUAUUUCUUUAUAUACCAUUGAUUAUAAUUAUGUUAUCUUAUAUGUUUAUUAGUUGUGCUCUAUUUAAAAUUGCAACAUGGGAAGGACGAUUAAAAGCUUUGAAGACCUGCUCAUCCCACCUAAUAUUGGUGGCUAUAUUUUAUUUCCCAAUAAUAGGCACCUACAUUGCUGCAGUCUUUUUUAGCCUUCAUCCUAAUGCCAGGAUAAUAAACACAUCACUCUCCUAUGCCAUUCCACCGAUGAUGAAUCCAAUUAUUUAUGUGCUGAAUACAGAGGAGAUCAAGGAAUGCACAAAAAAACUUUUCAAACUGAAAAAGGUCACUGCAACUGAAACAUGA